AUGGAACAUCUUGACCUUCUGUAUCAUUUUGAGCAUCGGCUCAACGAAUUGAAGCAAUCUGGUUGGCCAGAGGAAGCACUGGCCAUGCUCAAUGAUGAUGAACAGGAUAGUGAGCUGAGAAGACAAUUGGACAAAAUUCGGGCAGAUAACGUGAUUACACAAAAGCUUGAAGAACUUUGGAGUGAUGAAGGGUCGACAGAAAUUCACGAGCUUCAACAUAUGACAACCAAACUUCUCUGGAACUCCAUUGACAAAGGAUUACAUAAACAGCUCAACAAUGAGCAACUAGACUUCUGCGCUUUCAUAUGCUCGUGUUUUAUUCGAGAUAUUAAUUCUGAUAAGCAAGAGGAUUGGAAAUUGCUGUCCCAAAGGGCAGAUAGUUUCACUUAUUAUGUACCUCCUUUGGACCAUAUAGAAGCACUAAUCGUGAGGACAUAUCACCACAGGCUUGCACCCUUUGUCUACCCCUAA